AACGUCACCAUGCUUGUAUUCAACCGCCUGAUUCCUUGCAAUAGCCCCGAUUGAAACGCUCUACGUUUUGUUCACUGCUGAAGGUAAAUCAAAACAAAAAUCGUAACUUCAAGUGAAAUUCCCUAAUGUUUUGUGCUGUGAAGCAUCUAGCACGGCAAACUUUAGAGAAUACACCGUGUGCGUAAUACAAGAAACAAUAAAUCAACAUUACUUACAUUACGGAGUGAACAACGAGUAGAGAUUGUUUUGUGUAUCGUGGCGACGAUAACAGCAUCAAAGCUGAAGGGAUUCGUUUAGAGGAAGAAAACCGAAGUUUGGAACAUUGUACCAUGAGUACCAAGUUAAGUUCUUUGGUAAGUUCCGAAAGUGACGACGAUAGUAGCGAUGACCGACAGGACCGCAGUCGUGCCAAGUACUCAGAAAAGCGCAAGAAGCAUAAGAAACACAAGAAACAUAAAAAAUCCAAAAAACUGAAAAAAGAACGCUAUUCGGACGAUGGUGGGGAGCGCCAUAGUAAAAGUGAUACUUGUGCUGCCCUCGAAAGCGAUGAUUUGAUUGAGCCAGCACUAAUGAAAAGGACUGCAAGAGAUUCAGUUUCACCAGCGGGCAGCAAGUCUGAUAAAGUUGGUAAACCCAAUGCAAAGGAAGUUGAUUUACUUAAACAAAUAUCAUCGCGAUGGGAUAGUUCCGGUGAAGGUGAACAUUCGCGUCAAACUUUAGAUAACAAAGCAACCAGAAUAUAUCGUACAGAUUCCAGAGCAACAAACAACGAUGGUUAUGUUGAUAAGGAGCGUUUAAGCCGGCACAGCUUAUCUCACGAACAGCACAAAUCAACACGCACGUCGAAGAGUGGUGGGAACACUCAUAACUUCGAUAAUAGAGAUAGAGAACAUGGCCAUACAGCUCAUCAAGGCCACAGAUAUGAAACCCAUAAUUCACGGACAUACAAUAAGCACGGGUCUAAUCAGCAGUAUGAACGAGAUAAUAGUCAUCGUACCGACCAUCAAGCAAGUGGUUCACGGGAUGCUGAAAAAAAGUCCAGCAGUGGCGACGCAGCGCAUCAAAUCAAUCGAACCAAUCGGGAUGUACAGGGUGAACGAUACAACCAAUCAACAACAGAUAAGUAUUCUACAAGCAGCCGGAAAUACAGAAAAGGAAACGACAGUCCUCACAAUCAACCAUCAAGAAGGGAUGCAUCGUCGGCACAAAAGCAAAACAACGUAGAGCAUCAAACUACGAGUAAGAUUCAGAUAAAAUCCGAGAAAAACAGCCCUCGCGAUGAGGAUCAACAACACGCAUGGGGUAGACGUGCAGAUAAUAGAGCAAAACCAUUUAAAGCCAGCAAUAAUGGUAAAGUGGAAAGUGAGGCUGCGGUCGAAGAUGAUAAAUCGGCUAGCCCAGUAGAAAAGGAAAAACCUAAUUUCGGUUUAUCCGGCAAAUUAACCGAAGAAGCGAACAAGGUAAAUGGGGUUGUCAUCGCCUAUACGGAACCGUCGGGUGCCCGAAAACCCAAGCGCCGUUGGCGAUUGUAUCCGUUUAAAGGCGACCAAGCGUUACCUACGCUCUACAUACAUCGUCAAAGUUGCUAUUUAAUAGGACGUGAUAGAAAGGUUUGUGAUUUGCCCGUCGAUCAUCCGUCCUGUUCGAAGCAGCAUGCGGUUUUACAAUACCGCCUGGUGCCGUACGAACGUGUUGAUGGUACGAAAAGCCAGUGCGUUCGACCGUACAUCAUCGAUUUGGAAUCGUCAAACGGGACGUUCGUGAAUAACAAGAAAAUUGAACCAAAGCGCUACCUUGAGUUACGCGAGAAAGAUGUUCUUAAGUUUGGAUUCAGCUCUCGCGAAUACGUGCUGCUGCACGAAAACAGCAAAGAGGACAAUGAGGACGAUGAGGGAUACGAUGCUUCCCCCGUUACGAAAGCACCUAACGAUGCUACGCAACUUGCAAAGACGGAAACAAAAUAGAAAACUUAUAACGCCCGUUUAUAAAUGCAUCUAAACUAUCUACCACUUGCAAACGUUCAAAAAUAGAAACAUCAUAACAACAUAAUUAAACAAAAAAACACAGAAUUUGCAUGAACUCCUUCCUUA